UUUUCUCCUCUGUCCCGGGUCAAGUUUUGCGGCAUCAGCGUUAAUAUUCUGCGGCAUAAAUUUGCAUUAAGGACGGAUCCGCCGACCGGGCGUCGAGUUGCAGGAUGGCCAUGACAGACUUGCUCAGCGCCGAUGAUAUCAAGAAGGCUGUGGGGGCCUUUUCAGCCGCCGAAUCCUUCAAUCACAAGAAGUUUUUCGAGAUGGUGGGAUUGAAGAAUAAGAGCAAGGAUGAGUUGCAGAAGGUGUUUCACAUCCUGGAUCAAGACAAGAGUGGCUACAUUGAGGAGGAUGAACUGACACUCAUCCUGCAGAGCUUUAUCGCGGGUGCCAGAGACCUGUCCGAUAAAGAAACCAAGACACUCCUGGCUGCUGGAGAUAAGGAUGGGGAUGGCAAAAUUGGUGUCGAAGAAUUCACAACCCUGGUGGCUGAAUCAUAAAAAGGCUCUGACCAACCCAGACCCUCCACCUGCCUCUCUCUGCCUAAUUCCAACCAUCUCCCGCUGACCGCCUUGGUUUCUGUUCUUUUUUUUAUGUUAUUUUCUACUCCGACCCUAUUCCCUAGAGCCCUGUAACUCAAUCCUCGUUCUGGAAGAUGUCGUUAAAAUAAUAAAGGUCACCACAACCUGGA